UCUUGUCAGAAGAAGGAAGUUUAAUGCACGGCUCCUUCCCAAAGAGAGUUGAACACCUACCUUCUGUCAGCCGCUGUUCGCACGGUAAAGAGGGUGUAUCCCGAGCGCCCGUCUCAGAACGUCCACUGCUACCUACAGCGGUGUGAUCCACUACCAGUGGGUGUACAGUUAGGCAGGACCUAAGCAAGAUGUGGAAAUCAGUGGUAGGACACAAUGUUUCUGUGAAAGUGGAGUCUGGAGGAGAUGACUGGGACACAGACCCGGAUUUUGUGAAUGAUGUGUCCGAGCAGGAACAGAGGUGGGGUGCAAAAACCAUUGAAGGAUCUGGACGGACUGAGCACAUUAAUGUUCAUCAACUCAGAAACAAGGUCUCUGCGGAACAUGAUUCUAUCAAAAAGAAAGAACUUGCUGAAGGCCCAAAGGCAUCAUAUGGGUAUGGAGGGAAAUUUGGAACGGAGAGGGACAGGAUGGAUAAGAGUGCCUUGGGACAUGAAUACGUGGCAGACGUGGGGAAACAUUCAUCACAGCUAGAUGCUGCCAAGGGUUUUGGAGGAAAGUAUGGUGUUCAGAAGGAUCGCACAGAUAAGUCAGCUCUUGGUUUUGAGUACAAAGGAGAGACAGAGAAACAUGCAUCCCAGAAAGAUUAUGCAAAAGGAUUUGGAGGGAAAUAUGGGGUUGAAAAGGAAAAGGUGGACAAGGCAGCUUUGGGAUAUGAUUACAAAGCAGAAUCAGAGAAACAUGCCUCUCAGAAAGAUUAUGCAAAAGGAUUUGGAGGGAAAUAUGGAGUGGAGAAGGAGAAAGUGGACAAGGCUGCCUUGGGAUACGAUUAUAAGGCAGAGACCGAGUUGCACGAAUCUCAGAAAGAUCAUAGCAGAGGGUUUGGAGGGAAAUUUGGCGUGCAGAAGGAUCGAGUAGAUAAAGUGGCCCAUGGCUGGGAUCACCAGGAGCAAGUGAAACCCCACGAAUCCCAAACAGAUUAUGCUAAGGGUUUUGGAGGUCGUUAUGGAGUACAGUCAGAUCGUGUUGACAAGAGUGCUGCUGGAUUUCAAGAUAUGGAAUCUCCUACAUCUUCAUACCAGAAGACUAAACCAGUUGAAGCCAGCAGCAGUGGUGCCAGCAGCCUGAAAAGUCGGUUUGAGAACAUGGCUAAAGCAUCUGAAGAAGAGACCAGAAAACGUGCUGAAGAAGAGAAGGCAAGACGCCAAGCAAGGGAUAAACGAGAACAGGAGGGGCUCCACAAGAAAAAGGAAGUUGCAGAACAGGAAAGUCAUCAAGUCUGUAGUAAAAAGGCGCCUGUGUCACCCCCUGUUGCAGUUGCACGCAAACCAAAAGAGGAGCCUGCAAGACCAGAUUUUAACACCAUGCAGCAGGAUUCUGCUGACAAUGAUUAUGAAGAGCCCCCAGAGCUCCCUGAAAGACCUGAUUUCUCUGAUGAUACCCCUGCACUCCCACCAAGACUUGAAGACCCCACCAGUGUUCCUAAACUGCCUCCUAGACAAGAGCCUUGUCCUUCGAUUCCUCAGCUUCCCCCAAGGAAUGCUCCAUCUCCUGAUAUCCCUCAACUACCUCCCAGAAAUAUCCCAGAAGAUGAAUUUCAGGAAGAUAAUGAUGGAAGAGACUAUGAAGAGCUACCUGUGACAGAGCCUGAACAUGAUCCUAUAUAUGAUGAGAAUGAUGACAUAGUGGGGGAAUAUGAAGACAUCAACGAAAUGAAAGCAGUGGCAUCAAAAUCCGAAGAAAAUAUCUACGAGUCAGGCGAAGGAAAAGGAGAAAGUGCUGUGGCUCUGUAUGACUAUCAGGGAGAAGGUGACGAUGAGAUUUCUUUUGAACCAGAUGAUGUCAUCACAAACAUUGAAAUGGUGGAUGAAGGGUGGUGGCGAGGACAGUGCAAUGGAAAAUCUGGCCUCUUUCCAGCUAAUUAUGUACAACUUCUGUAAUGCCUACACUCCGCGCAAUAUACUAACAGCAUCAGCUGUCUUUGCCAUUUUGAACUGGAUUUUUCUGAUGUCAUGUUGCAUUUUCUUACAUUUCGUUGUCUGCGAGUUCAUAGCAAGGCUAAUGCAGCUUUUGCAUUUUCAUUGUUUUUGUGUGCCAACAAGCUGCAUUCUAGACAUGGUGAAACACAGCCUGUGAGGUUAAAUACAUUUCCAUAUUUACCCCUCAACUGCUGUUGUUAUCCAGCCUAGACUUUUUACCAUAUUAUAUAUAAAGAUUUUAGUCAGUAUCUGUAGAGACUGUGGCAUCAUUGAUUUGAACUGGACUUUCUUAAAGCUCCUGUCAUGUACAAAAACUGUUUAAAAUUUGUAGACCUGAUUAAGUAACAUAUUACAAUAAAAUUAAAUUUCCACA